AUGGCGCUUUGGGACUGUUGCAGGGUAUGGCGAGGUUUAGUCUGGAGCCUGUUUACCUUUCAAUCUACAUUUCUGUUGAUUACUCCAGGUAUGUCAACUUGUGUUUAACUCUAAUGGGGCGGGUUGAGAGCGAAUAAUAUACCGUAAAAUUCCGAAAAUAAGCCCCGGGGCUUAUAUUUUUCAAAAGCCCUUUUUGAGGGGCUUAUUUUUGGAGGGGCUUAUAUUCGGAGGGGCUUAUCUACGGAGGGAAAUUUGCGUUUCAAAAUCGAUUUGACUAGCCUUACAUUUGAAAGUAAAUUUAUCGUCUUUGCUUUGUUCUACUUUGUAUUUGAGGGUAAUUUUCCAAGUACAAGCCCCCCGGGGGGCUUAUAUUUGGAGGGGCGAUUUAACGGAGGGUUUUUUGCGUUACCGGUUUAGGGGGCUUAUAUUUGGAGGGGCUUAUACAUGGAGGGGCUUAUUUUCGGCAUUUUACGGUAAAAUUGUAGUUUAAAUGUGCUACGACUUUGACUCUUUCCAGCGAUAGUCCUUUGUCACAGUGAAUCACGGCAAGGAAAGUUGGGUAUGGCUUUAAUACCAAAACUCUCAAAUGAUCUAAAAUAGUAGAAUGUUUUCACAACUAUUACUUCUUUCAUAAAUGGCCGACAGGAAAAUAGGCACCUUUUAUGUUAAGAAGAGCUGUAAAAUUUGAUUACGAACCAGAAGUAUUUCAAAUAUACGCGCGCACGAUGCCAUCCUGCGAGUAGAACCUUGACUUUUACUUACUGCGAUUUUGGGGUCUUCCACGAAAAGGGCUCUGUAAGAUAAUCAAUUUAAGCUUGUUUUUGGGCAAGCCCUACUUGUUGCUAGGUUACAGUAUCGAGCCCAAGUCAAGUACAGUAGACUUGUUAGUUUAAUAACGUUUUAAUGGUAUAUUCGUUUUUUCGGAUUCUUUAAUAAUUAACCCAUUCGCUCCUGGAGAUUUUGCCGAAAAACGCGUUUUGAAGCUAGUCGAGUGGUUUUCUGGUCACUAUGUCGUGCUAUAAAGAGCUGAAACUUACCACAGACCGGUUUGCGGCCUUCUGAUCCAGAUGCAAAAUAUCAACUUGCGAAGUUCGGGCAUGCGCAGAAAGCAAAAUUUCGAAGUUUUUGGGUUUAAAAGUGACACAGCAGUCUUGACUUUUACUUUUCGCUUUCUCUCCUCCCUUCUUUUUUCGCUUUUCUUGCCUCAUUUUUUUUUCUCUUGCUGGGCAUUUAGUAGGCUUCAUUUUGGUGGGAAGAGUUUUUAGCAAAGCUUUUAGGAUCUUAGGAUUAGGUGAAAGGAAAGGUAGGUGGGCAAUGGAACAAGAUUUUCAUGGAAAUUUUCAGGUCAAUGUCACGUGGUUUUUUGCUUCUUUCUCCGGUGUCCUUGACUGAACUCUUGUGCUCAUUCUGGUAUGGUUUGAAAGAUCUCUUCACUCUGCACAAGUUAGCAAAGAAAGUUGUCCUUGACCGUUAAAACUGAUGACGUCACAAAGGGUGGAAAGGACCUGGAUCCGCACGGGCGGUUACAGGCGGUUACGGGCGGUUCAGGGGCGAAUGGGUUAACUAGGUGUAGGUGCCCUAAAGUUCCUCCAGGAUCCUCCAUCAGUCCAGGCAUCUUAUGUCGGCUGGACUGUUGACUACAAUUGCACAACAGAUGACCCAAGUGGCACAGUGUCACUUUCAUAUUCUAGAAAUUUCGGCAUUUCUUAUACUGUGUUACAGGUCUCACCAAACAAACUUGUUUUGAGGAAACAAGUGUUCACCUUAGUAAAUCUUAUUCUUUCGGAUAGAGGAUUGUAUAAAUGCGAGGCAACGGACCAGUCAGGUCAAACUAUUCAAUGGAAUUGUGUUUCAAUGUUAAUUUUACAAGCAGGUUUGUAAGAAUAUUCUGAGUAAAUUGAUACUCGUGAGUAGAAAAUAUGGCUAAUACAAACCUUUGACAAGUGCUACAUGACCACGUUAAGUGCCAAAGUGAUGUGUUGAAUAAAUGCAGCCUUACCGACAGUAAAGGUAUAUUAGGCUGUUUUAGCAACAGAACGGGAACAUCAGUUGACGACGGCGCGAGCAAAUCAAAUAACUGGCUUGACCAAUGGCAGAGCGGCAAAUUGGGCACCGGAAGUCGAGUUUAGUCCUUUUGCUAAAUCAGCCUAUUAUUAAUCAGACCCCUUACUAAGGGGCCAGCAAACAUGAGCACCACGUGCACUUGUCCUCAACUGUUCUACCAAUAUUAUAUUUUGUAAAAUAAACCUGUGCUAAGCAGAUGCCUUGUGACAGUCCGAUAGUUUGCCAUUAGUUCCUUUGGAAUGCAAAGCGGGCUGGAGUGUGGGAUACGAGAUACGUCCUAAUAAAAACUCGGUAAAAUCCCAUUUACAAAGAUAACUUUAGAUUUAAAAUAAGUCAGAAUAAAUAACCAUUUUUAUUUCAGACUUUUUAACCAAUUACUGGAGUAAAUUAUGUAUAGUGACUACCUAUACCUACCUGCGUAAAGCACAUUUUCUUAUGAACUUUUUUUGCAGCCCAGUUACCUACUAGGCAUUUUGUUUUGAAACCAAGCAAAUCAAUCGAUGUGCUGCAAGGGCAGAGUGGAGAAGUCACAUGUGAAGCUGAGGGUCCUUCAGUUUCUACCCUGAAGUGGGAAAAGCAACAGGAUGAUCAAUCAUAUGCAGCAGUCCCCAACCGCCAAGUUAACAUCACUAAAGAUUCAAAUCAUGUGAGAGCGACCCUGAAGAUUACAAAUGCCCAGUUUGCAGACGCUGGUACAUAUAAAUGUACAGUGUCAGUUCCACCAAAUAAAUCAGAUUACAGGCUGGCAACCGUCAGAGUCAAGGGUAGGUUUAUUUUGAAUUCUUACGUUACACUGGAAUUCCAACAAAUUUAAAUUAAUAUUUAUGAUUCUUGCACCUCCCCUUGCGUCGUCCAUUUUAAUUUUCAAAGAUAAUUUAAACGCACGAAAGAAAAGUCAAAUCUGGGGGGAGGAGGCUUUUGGACCUAUUUGUAAUGUGAAUACAUGUCAUUGUGUUACCGGAAGAUUGGUCUCACAGCAUCUAAUCUCGGACCCAGAUCUCUUGUCUGAGAAGCUGAAGGUGAGAUCAGGUGACUGUUUCUCGAAAGUCUCGGUAACUUUUCGGGCCGGAAAGCUGUUUUUUGUUAGUUGUGUUUGCAUUCAAGAUCAAAGUUUCAAUAAUUUUGAAAAUAAUACAAUAAAACUAUCAGUUAAUGAAGCAAAAUUGACUGGUUUGUAGGCCAGGAACUGUGCUACUAUUCAACAGGUUUGGAUUUCAAACUUUGCUUUCGGGCGCGAAAGUUUCCGUGACUUUCGAGAAACAGGCACGUGAUUGCAUGUCAGUAAUGUGAUAGGAGAUGAAUAUUUUUUAACAGCGAGCUUGGAUUUUAAUGGCAAUAGUAUUAGGUUGUAGGUAGCCCAACAGCGUGACUUCAAGUUGAGCCCACCUACCUCUUAGUCCCAUAUCAAACAAAAACUUUUGAAUCCGCCCCCUUUGCAGGUCAAGGAAGUCUUCCAGUGAUCGCCCAAAUAGGAGAUUGUGUCGAACGGGACGAAGAUAUACAUUCACUACAAAAUCAUGCCGUAAAUUUAUCAUGUAAACUUAAAAAAAACUGUCUUACUAUAGUUACUUCUUUUAUCAUUCUCAGCAUUUUCGUGAAGAACCAGUUUCUUCAAGGAAUAAAUCCCAGUAUAGCCUGCGUUGCAGCCGGCCCACGCAUCGCCUAAACCAUGUAUAGAUACAAAGAAGGUUUAGUGUCUGCGAUGCAGGCUAAGCCCGGUAAAGCGAGACAAGGAAAAAAAAGCGGGGGCGGGGGAAGCAAAAAUUUUACCUUUAACUCCUGCCCUGCGAACGCGAAUUUUGAGAGUAGCAAAGAAAGUUUUGAAAGGAUAACGCGUUAGCAUUGAACUAAAUGACAUGCGAGAAUGUUACUAUACAGGUUAGAAGCAUGAGUAACAGUUUUUAGUUAAGGACUUGAGACUUGAACUUACAUAUAAAGUUAGAAUACAGCGUGUAGGUUUGUGUAUUUGACAAGGCUGUGCUCUAAGGAACAUUGAAAGGAGCCCAGUUCUCUGAACCUGUAAAAUCUAGGCUGCCCAUGAGCAUAUGAUUUGUAUGAAAAAUCGGCGAUUUUCUCUGAGUCACCAAAGAGCAACAGUUAGGCGCCAGGGGCCACCGGGCUCUGCUAGAGCACAGCCUUGUUUGAACUUUAAUUUAUAUCAGGACCUUAACAAUCGAUGGCAAUCGAUAACAAUCGAUGACAAUCGAUAUCAGUUAAUCGAUUGAUAUUGAUAAUCGAUGGACAAUCGAUCCCGAAAAUUUUUGUGAUUAUUGAUUAUCAUCGAUUAUCAAUAUUAAUCGAUAAUCGAUAUGGGAAUCGAUCGAUUAACAUAACAGAUUGUUAUCAAUAUGCAAUAUCAAUCGAUUAGCUAUUCAGUCAAACAUUUCAAUUGUCACACAUUUUGAUAUCAUUGCUUUUUCAUUGAGUAAAAACUAGCGAGUAGCAAUGUUUAUUCGCCCACACGUUUCGCGCGAGUUUAAAAUUCAUAGUCUAGACGUACUACGUUUAGACUAUGAGAGCAACCCUAAAGAUCACAAAUGCCCAGUUCGCGGACACUGGUGCAUACAAAUUAAUGCACAGUAUCAGUUCCACCAAAUCAAUCAGAUUACAAGCUGACAAAGAUAGAAGUCAAGGGUAUGCUUGUACUCAUGCUAUUUCAUUGUAAAGGUUACAUACAUGUACUUUUAUUGCUAGUAUCUCAUCAUUUCUGCAAUACAUGGCCCAGCGGCCAGCAUAUUAGACUCACAAUACUGUUGUCCCCAGUUCAUGUCCUGCUCUGACUUGCUGAAUUUGUUUUUGGUCUUCCCAACAUCAAUUCCUUGCCUAUGCUUUUCCAGCUGGUUGCUUCCUGCCAGUUAGGGUUUUCAAUCCUGUUAUGUUCUAUUUGGGUUAUCAUUUUGUUUCCAGUUAAAUUAAGAGUGGAGUGCCAGUAAACUAGCUGGACUUCCACUGUGAAAGCAAACCAAAAAAACAGUAUUAACUGCACAUCAACAAUGUACAUGUACAGUACGCACUUAUGCAAUGGACAAAAACUGGUGAAUACUCAUAUGAUGGUCUGAUGAUGACUAAGUUCCGGCAUUUGAUGUGGAUGACAAUUCUGCUCUGUACAAAACAAUAGCAAUAUUUUGUCAGACAAAUUAUUUGUUAUUGUGUAGGCUACAGUUGAUUGUCACUUAGUAUUAAUCUAUGUAAAAUCUGUUUUGUUCACACAUUUAGCUCCUUCAGCACCCAAAAUUAGUCCCUACACAGAGAAAACAGAAAUACUAGAGGGAUCCACCAAGGCUAUCAAGUGUGUAGCAGAGGGAUAUCCAAAGCCAACGGUAGACUGGUACAGAAGUGGCAAGAAAAUGAAUGUCACAAACUGCCAUUCAAACCCUCAGAGUUGUGAAAAAGUUGACUAUGAGGUUUAUGAAGAAGGAGAUGGUUCUUCUGGACGUCAUACUAUUUACACAGUUCAAGUUCUCAAAAUAAGAAGUGCACUAUAUCCAAGAGAUGUUGGUGAAUUUAAAUGUGUUGCAUCAAAUGGAGUUUCACCAGAUGCUGAGUUGAUUGUCAGCUUGGAUGUUCAAGGUACUUUAUAUAAGCAAAGGAAUACCUUUGUACUUUAUGUAACCAUUUGCAUAAUACAUGUGCAAUUUUUUUUACCCCAUUUACAAUUAAUGAUUUGCUCAAAACCAACAUCUAGAGCCUUAGUUCCAUUGUACAGCUGUAGCAAUUGUGAUCCUUAGUAAGUAAAUUUUAAGUGUUAAAUACAUCUUUGAUGCACAACUCAUUGGCAGCGCCUGUGAACUAGUCAAUCAAAUCAGGCCAGAAUUGAUAUUAAUCCUUCUCUGUACGUAACUGCUCUCUUUUGAACACUUGGAAACAUUGUUACCUUCCCAUGCAUUAAUUGAUUUUUUUACCUAAAUGUUUCGGCCAGGAUUGAAACUAGCUGGUGAAAGCAUAGAAAAACAAUUGUAAGCACUUUUGUUACUUGUACACUGUAGCACUUACAGUGUAGAGUGCAAAGUUGUAUUCUGAGUGCAAACCUGUUUUCCAAGUUGAGAAAGGCAAGGAACUAAUUUGAAGAGGGGGGUGGGGGGUGUGAGAGGCUUAUUUGCAUUGGGGUGCUUAAUACUCUUACAGUUAAAAUGUAAUAAACAUUGUCUUCCUUUCAAACAAACACAUCUGUAAACAGAGCACAAAAACAUAUCUCUAAGAAAAAAAAACUGAAUAUGGUCUUACUGAUGACAUUUAAGGUCCUAAAAGUUCUGGUGUUGAAAUGCUCUUUCUCUCUUUCUUUGUACUGGAUAUUCAGUCACAUUAGUUUUCUUGGAGAAGGGUGCUUGGUAAGAAACUCUUGACAACAAGAUCCAAUUUAGCAGAUUAUACAUGUAAGUUAAAUCAGAGGUUGAAGAAGGAUUAUAAACAUCAGAACACAGUUGAAAUUUUACAAUCUUAUUUUUAAUAUAAGAUGUGGCGCAGUCUACCCCAUGAGCAUCAGUGUAUGAUAUUUGCAGACUGCAGACCGCAGACUGCAGACGGCUGUGUGUAAAAGUGGGACGGAGACAAGGGGACGGGGACAUCGGGACGCGUGUGUGGAGACUUGGGACUUGGGGAAGCGACAUCAAGUAUGGGACGCGGGGACGUGGGGACGGGGACACAGGGACGAAGAGGACGCGGGAUGUGAACGAUUAUCGCAAAAGUCGGAGGUAAAUGCAAUAUCUCUUUCGUCGUGAAAAUGUGUUGUUUAUGUGUUACCGUAAAAUUCCGAAAAUAAGCCCCAGGGCUUAUAUUUUUCAAUGGCCCUUUUUGAGGGGCUUAUUUUUGGACGGGCUUAUAUUCGGAGGGGCUUAUCUACGGAGGGAAAUUUGCGUUUCAAAAUCGAUUGGGCUAGUCUUAUAAACGGAAGUAAAUUUACCGUUUUUCAAGCCUUUGUUUUACUUUGUAUUUGAGGGCAAUUUUCAAGUACAAGCCCCCCGGGGGCUUAUAUUUGGAGGGGCGAUUUAACGGAGGGUUUUUUGCGUUAUGAGUUUGAGGGGCUUAUAUUUGGAGGGGCUUAUUUUCGGAAUUUUACGGUAUUUAACACAUUUGCACGAAGAAAGAGACAUCGCAUUUACCUCCGACUUUUGCGAUAAUUAUUCACACCCCGCGUCCCCUGCGUCCCUGGUUUUGACGUCCCCGCGUCCUAUAUUUGAUGUCCUCAAGUCCCUCGUCUCGUGUCCCCAAGUCCCAAGUCCCCACACACGUGUCCCGAUGUCCCCGUCCCCAUAGAUUGCAGAUUGUAAGUUAAAAGACACCAAAAAUCUUCCUAAUAAAGGUGACACCAUCAAAAAUAUAACAUCGUGUGAAAGUGAGAAAGUAGCCCGGGAACAAGGUUGAUAUUUUUGCGCAAAGUUACAUUGAUGUCAUUUACAAGAUGCUGUUGGCUAUUCUUCACCGACGCGACUCUUUAUUGACUCAUCCGGCAUAUCACCAAUUGCGCUGAUUCUUUAUUCUUCUUUGAUUACUGUGAAUUGAUAAUGACAUUUGGCAAUGCCUACUAAUACCUGUCUAAAUAGUAGUCUUCUGUAGAAAAGAGUUUUUAGUUUGCGAGCACUUCCUGCUCACUACUGUUACGUCGACCAAAAACAACUAGGAUAGAUCACGGACAUUUAACACCUUUUAAAUGACGUAUUUCAUCUUAGUAGUAUUUAAAGAUAUGCUAAAUAAUCUAAACCAAACAGAUCCUACCUGGACUGGACGAAUUACCGGAAGUGCAUUUUGAAUUUCGAAAUAAGCAAAUCGACAAUGGCUCUUUUAACAGGCCAAUCAUUGCUCAUACUCAAAUCCUAGUACGCAGGUGGGGCUCCCGUAGAAUAAGGAUUCCGGCGCUGUUUCACAGAUAGACUUAUAUAACCAGAGUUAAGUUUCGUCUGUGGUGCAGGCUAAAUUGCUAGCCUGUUGCUAUGGAUUCAUGAGCGAGUUUGUGACAUCGGCAGACAUUAUUCUGCUCUAAUUCAAUACGAGAAGAACAUCCAACAACUCCUUCAGGAAUGAGGUCGGUGUAAUUUGCGUGAAAAAUAUAAACUUCGCUUCUAGGCUUUACAUGUACUUCUCGGAACAAGGUAAUGUUGAUGAUGAUGCCACCUUUAUUACGAUAUUUUUGGCUUCAUUCACUUUACAGUCUUGCUGCCUCAUGCAGUCUGCAAAUGUCAUACACCGCAGGAGCAUCGCAUCAUCAUGGCAACUCAUUUAAGGAUACGGUAAAUCCACUAUUAAGCCCCCCAGGGGGCAUAUUUUUUUCAAGCACUUUUGAGGAGAGGCUUAAUAGAGACGAAGGGGAGUAGAGACGGGGGGGGGGGCUUAUUUAAUUUAGCGAAAUGCAUCAACAGGAGCAAGGUUUCUCAAGGACGGACUUGUGUUACCGGGCGCUAUACUGCUUUUUCUAGCAAUAAGAAAAUGGUAACAAUUCUCCACGGAGAACUAGAGCAUAAAGUUGAAAAAGUUCGAUCAGCACAUGAAGUUGGAGGUCAUAUCAUAUGGCCGAAGACCAAAAACAAUAUGAAUUUCCAGCCUGAAUAAACUAUAACUGAUCAGUCCACGUUAAUUGUUUGUGAAGAAUAGGGAUGGAGGGGGGAGGGGAGGGGGGGACUUAAUAACUUUUCUCUGACCUCUGAAAAGGGGGGGGGCUUACUAGAGAGGGGGCGCUUAAUAGAGUAUUUACGGUACUUUAUUCGAGAUAGUGACAUGAACUAGGCAUCAACUAACAAUCUUAAUUUAAUGCAGUUAAGCCGACCCUGAAAGAGAGAUUAGUUGCAGUUGCUGUGGUAGAAGGCAAAGAAGCUGAAGUUUCCUGUACAGUGACCAAGAGCAACCCACUGCCAACGUUCAGUUGGCAGUAUGCUUUCAAAAACUUGGAAUGUGAUAUUCAACAACCUACCGGUACCUGUGUCCCUAAGGAAAACAAGUGGAUUACUGUUCCUAGUCAGCUGGUGUUUCCCAGCAGCUCAACACCAACAAAUGAAAGCAUUGUGAAUGUUGCCAAAGACCAACAAAAUGCAUUCUACCGUUGCCAAGCAUUCAAUUCCUUGGGAAAUGAUUCGCAAAUCUUGAGAUUUGUCAGACUUGGUAAGAACAUCAGUUAGUAAAAACAGUCCUUUUUUGAGAUAUUGAAUUGUACAAAAGUGUAAGAAUGUGCUUCAUACUACUACAGACAAGAGGACAGAUUUUCUAGGGCCGACCUGCACCUGUUCAAAACAAAGUUUGUGAUUGGCUGGCAAAACAAUAGGGAUGGUGACAUAGUGCGAGUUAUAGGGAGGUCAAUCGAUUUUCUACUUAUAGCUCAAGCUAGGUUGCAAAUGGACAGAUUAAUGCUCACCUGAGGACGUUUUUAGCUGCAUGUAUUUUGUGCACAUCUAAUUGGGCUUGGAACUGAGACACCCUAUGUGAUAAUAUAUAUUGGAAAAUGUGUGGUUCCAGGCAUACCCAUAAAACCGUGCCGAAAAAAUAGGCCAAAGUUUUAAAAAAGUCUUUAGGAAGGUAAGCUUGUUAAGAACUUAUGCAGAUCUUGGAGGAUGUUAUCCACCUCGACCUCCAGCCUGGGUGGAUAACAUCCUCCUUGAUCUGCAUAAUUCUUCAUAUCUUACCAUCUUCAUUUUUAAAUAAUUACAUGUAUUGCUAAUUUCCUAUGAUUGAUCAACAGUGAAACCAGAUCCCAUGGUUGAGAUUGACACUGGUAAAACUAUGACCGAGGUGAACGAGAAGUCUACCUUACAGGUCUUCUGCAUUGACCGGAUGGAUGGUGACUGGGGCCUCCUUUUCUCAAAAGAUGGGGAAAAAAUAGAACUAAGUGAUCCACGUGUCAAUGUCACCAUUUUUGAAAAUCAACCGAAAGAAACUGAAAGGUUGUUUAAACUGACGAUAAAGAAUGUUACAAUGAAUGAUACAGGAGAGUAUGGAUGCACCCUUUCUGUUUUGUUUCCAAAGCUCCUUGAUGCCAUCAAUGUUACGGUGAAA